AUGAUGCUAGUUAUCAUAUUCCUUGGAGGAGCUGCAAAUUUGACCAAUAUUGAUGCCAGUGAUGAUAUGAGCUUCGAGAUACCCAUUAUCUACAAUGGGUUAUCUCCAUCUACUUCUAAUAAUCCAAAAACUAAUGUUUCCUUGGUUCCAUAUGCAGGAUACAUGGAUGCAUUAAUGCAAUUAAAGAUGAGGAGACGAGGUCACAUGUACUCACUUGAUACAGCAAUUAAUACUCCUUGGAGCGCCCUAAAGUCAUCUUAUAUUUCUUUUGAAGAUGCAGCAAAACUUGAGGGUGAAACUGUUGGUUUGAUUCAAAAUAUGAAGAACCCUUCUCUUUACUACGUCAAUCUUCUUGCCAUAUCCAUAUUGGAUGGUGAGAACCAUCUUGCUUUGGAUAUUCCACCUAAGACAUUUGCCAUUGAUGAUAAUGGCCGCGGUGGCUUUUUCCUUGACUCAGGUACCCCUAUUACAAGGCUCCAUACAUCAGCUUAUGAUGAACUUUGCAGGAUGUUAAGUGUGGUAUUCUUGUUGUCACACAUAUCCACUGUCCGUUCAAUUCAUAGGCAGUCUUAUGAGUAUUGCUUUGAUGCAUCUCUUGAGGAUGUGGAACACAUUAGUGUGGUUUUCACCAUUGAUUUAGUUGAUGUGAAGAUAACAGACAAGCAAUUAUUCUAUGAGGAGGUGGAUAUAGCAAACAAUCCCAUCCUGUGCCUUGCUAUAUUUAAGGCAGAUUCUUCUGAUCCAACCACUUCAAUAUUGGGAGGUUUCGCCAUGAGUGAUCAUAACAUUGGUUAUGAUCUUCAUAGGCAAAUGGUCACCUUUAACCCUACCACUUGUUGA